AGGGAAAAAAAAAAAAUUGAGGGGGUUAGGGUUUAACAGCUAUGAAGGGCAGCAGCACUAGCGGUAGUCGGAUUGCUCGAAAAUUCCAGUCGAGUUCCACCCAAGAUGAAGAGAUGUCCUUGAACAUUAUAGGAACAGUCUUUAAGCUCAAGAGCUCUGCAACCAUAAAAGAUCUCAAGACAAUGUUAUGUAACAAGUAUGGAUUUCCUGAGAAUCAUCUGGAGUUCUUCUUGGCUGGUCAGCCUCUCUUGGACUUCCAAAGGGUAGUUGACUGUGGAUUUCUUGAGUGCGCUGUUGAUCUUGUUUUCAAGAAUAUUGUGGGAAUGAAAUUAUUUGUCAAACUACCAUCUAGUACCAUUGAGAUUGAGGGAAAAGCAGAAGAUACCAUCCAAAAAGUGAAAGCAAUGAUUCAGGCUAAGGAGAAGAUUCAACCCGACCAAUACACACUCGUCUAUGAUGGAAAGUUCCUUGAGGAGGACAUGACACUGGCCUCACUUCGUAUGAAGAAUGAGUCAACUCUUCAUAUUAUUUUUAAUCCAAGAGAUGUGAUGUCAGUUUUUGUGAAAACACCAGGUGGGAAGAUUGUGGAAUUUGAAGUUAAGGUCUUGUACACUGUCAGCGAUGUCAAGCAGAUUGUUGAGAGCUUUAUAGGAUGUUCUGUUGUUCAUUAUAGUUUGUUUUAUGAAGGAAAUGAGCUGCAAGAUUUCAAGACCUUGGCUUUCUACAACAUUAAAGAAAAUUCCACUCUAGAGGUGAAGCCUUCUGGGAUUCAGAUAUUUGUCAAGACAUGGAGUGGAAAAACCAUUACACUUGAUGUGACACGAUCAAAUACUGUAAGAGAGGUGAAGGAGAAGAUAUUUUGUAAGGUUAGAGUGCCAGUUAUUCGUCAGCGUAUUGUAUUUUCUGGAAAACGCCUUGAAGAUAAAUGCUCUCUUGCAAGUUACAACAUUCAGAAACAGUCGACUCUCUACAUGGUAUAAGGCUUGGUGAAACAAAUUAUGAUGAAUUCCUGCUCUUUUGGGUUUGAUAAAGAUGUAGCACUUGUAAAUUUCUGUAUAGAACAAAGUCUGUGUGCAAAACACAAUAGAUUUACUUUUGCAAUUGAGUUCCUCUAUUUUAAGA